UGGUGGUGGUGGUGGUGAUCCUAGCGGCGGCAUCAGGAAGCUUAGAACAAAACAAUGGAGGAGUGAGAGGCUGAGGAACACCACCACACCCACAUUUUUCCCUCCUACCGCUGUUCUGCCGCUCCUGCCGCCACGCACACCACACACACACACCACACACCCUCCCUCCUCCAGCCUACGCCCUCAGAACUGUGAAUCAGAACACCAUGCGUCAUCACAAUCUGCAGUGAGGGACGGAAGGAUGGACACACGCAAACGCAGGAAGGAAGGGGGCACUGUGUUGGCCCCCACCCUGGACAGCCUGCAGGUGUCCCCAAAGAGGGCCAGAGUACAUGCACAGCGGAAGUUUGCCCAGGGGUCCCAGCCGAGCAGCCCAGCACCCACCCCAGUGAAGGAGACGAGGGAGCUGCGGGAGAGGAGCACCACCUCUGAGCCACGGACCAGGAGUGCCACCCAGGCCGCCCCACCGCCUCCGCCCUUAGACCUGGUGGAGGUUCCCGUGAGGCCGACAGUCGAGGAUUUCCUUACCUUCUUGUGCUAUAGGGGCACUAAGCUUCUGCCGCCGGGCCUGGAGCAUUUCAACUCCCCGCAGCUGGUGGAGCAGUCCGGGGAGAGCAGGUGUCAGAGUCCGGCGCGGGAGGACAAGAAUAGUAAGCUGUCCAAGAAACGGCAAGAUGGAUACCCACUGGAGAGGAGAGACAAGGAGAAGGAGCUGUCCAAGGACUCGGUGAAGAAGAACUUGGACCAGGCAACAGAGAGUGACGGCACCUACUCCCUUCCCUACCGAGUGACGCGCAGCACCCCUCACCCUCCUCCUGCCCCGGCCCCUACCCCGCCUCCACUCCCCAAUGCCCAGAAGAAGCUGUCCAAGAGGCUCAUGAUGAAGAAAGCGCUAAUCCUGCAAAACAAAGCCAAGACCAUCAGGAUGCAAGAGCGCAAGAAUCUGUCACUGCGGCGGUGUGAGGUGCAGGUGGCGGACACGACGCUGCAGGGCUCCUCGGUGGCCACGCGUUCCGGCCGGCUGCUGCAGAAGUACCGCCUCUCUGCCACCACUGCCAUUGCCCGGAAGAAAGCAAGGGUGGCAAUGCGUUCUUCCAUCAGGCCCAAACAAAAAUUAUCCAGGAUAUUGCAAAGGCUGGGCGGAACGGCACUCACAGCGGACUCCAGAGUGCCGAGGAUAACACGGAGCCAGGCGGAGGGGCGGAGCGAGGCUGGCGUGGGGACAGGGCGAGGGGAGGCGGAGGGCAGGGGGAAGGAGAAGAGUGAGGGAGUGGGGAAGGUGAGGAAAGAGGAGAAGGGAGAGGACACGAUGCAAUUCCCCCGUCCUGUCAGGCUGGUGCGACCCAAGCUGCACGGCAAGGUCCUCGUCAGGAAGGUCGUCAGGGUCACACGGGAAGCACUGAAGAACACAGAGAACAGCACAAACCACAUCGACAGCACCCCUCCAACACCCCCGAGCCAGGCAGCAUCCCCAUCCCAGUCCCCUGACCAACUACCCCUGGCCAAGAGACUGCGCCGGAGCACCCAGGACGCGGCCAUCACUCAUGCGCCCACAGGCAAGAAGACCACAGGGAGCGCCACACACACACACAGGAAGACAGAGGCACCCACACACCAGGAGACCGAUAAGUGCACGUCCCCCUCCGCCUUGUCCUCGCCGCUGUCGCUGCGAAGCCACACAAGCCACACAAGCCUCGAAAACACCGUGACUUCUACCUCAGGCUCUGAAACGCCAGCAAACACUCCUUUAAAGGGCACACACACGCCUCACAGGUCCUCGGCCACUUCUUCCCCCACGGUGUCCUCCACGUCGUCUCCGCACAACACCAGGUCCUCUGCACCGCAGCUCUCCACACCCGCCAAGUCUUCGCCACACUCCGCAAGCCCCAGCCGCAGGUCAGCAGUGAGGGAUGACCGCUCUGCUGCCAAGGAGCAGGAGAAUGCAGACACUGAGGAGGAAAGGACUCCUGUUACUCGCAUGCGCCCCAGUAGGAGGACCAAGGAGGCUGUCACAGCUCACCUCCACCUUGUCAGUGAUGGUCGAGGGAAUGGGAAGACCCUCACAGCAGCAGUAGUGACAGCAGCAGGGGUCAGUGCACAGGAGGACCACAAGGAAGAGAAGGAGGAGCAGCAGGAGGACCAAGAGGAGGAGCAGGAGGAGGAGGAGGAGGAGGAGGGGAGUGGUGCAGGUGCCAAGGGGCUUAACAGGACCAAAGAAGGCGACGGGGACAAGAGGACUCAGGGCGGGGCAGGAGCAUAUGAGGUGUCCCUGGCAGAGUCCCCCAGCAAGCCAGGUGGCCGCAAGAUUCUCAGGAAGGCUCGGGAGGCGGAGACAGAUAGACAGACGGACAGACAGAGCUUGGAACUGGAUAACGUGCGGGUGACGAGACGAACGCCGGCAAAGGAUGACUCAGGAGGUGUCCGGCGACUGAGGAGAGGCGACAAAGGCACGGUGGAUGCAGCGGAUGGCAGCAUGAAGGGCAUCGGGCGCCACGAGGUGAUGUCAGCCGCCUCAAGGAGUCUGCGGAGGACGAGGAGUGAUGCAGACGACACGACACGGAAGGCACAGCCAGCACCUACCCGCCGUGCCUCGCUGGAGACGGACGGCCUGACGGAGGCCGGCAAGCAGCGGCGGAAGGCACGGACGGACCUCGCCAACCAUCAGGAGAGUGACGGAGAAGAGAAUGAGCGGCUGUCUGCCAACACUCGCUCCAAGAGGGAGCUGAGGAGAUCAUGCAACGUGGAGAUCGUGCCUGCCAGGAGGCUUGAGGAGAACGACAAGGCAGCCAGGAUGAGGGUGGUGAGGCAGGGUGGGGAGGGGCAUGGCGGCUCUCUGAGGGACGUGUCGCCGGAGAUUGCCAAGCCGACGGACCUGGUGACCAUCAAUGACCUGAAGCCCAAGGUGGAGGUGGAGGUGCUGCCUGUCAGGAGGAACUGUGGCAAGGUGGAGGCCGUGAAGGAGGAGGUAGCGGCCCUUAAGGAUGAGAGGGAGGACAAGGUGGCCUUGGAGAUGAAAGUGGAGUCUAAACCUGCAGCCAUGCCCCAGAGGACUCCUGAGGGUGGGGAUAACCUGCACGGGCCAGGGGGCAAGUCUCGGCGGGCCGUGACGCAGGAGAGGCGGCCUGAGCAGCACGCGUCGCGGGAGAGCACCAGGCAGGCAGCGCUGCGGCGUAGCACAGACAAGUCUGACAGUGGCAGUGAAGCGGCAGAGUCCCGCAGCGGCAGCAGGAGUCGCAGCGGCUCCCUGGGCGGCACGGAGCCCCCCACCCCGGAGGACAAGAAGGCCACUGCCGCUGCACCGCAGAGCCGUAGGAAGUCCAUUGGGGGGCGGCGGCGCAGCAGCAACCACGACGAGGCCAAGCUGAACGAGGUGCUGGAGAGCGUGGCCAAGGACUUUGAGCGGGACAUUGAUGGUGACCACUACGAGAAGAUGGAGAAGGACUUCAUGAUGGGCAACAAGUCCCCAGACAAGAAUGGCGCUGCACCCCUGGACCGGGACGAAGCCGACGGCUGGGAUGGCCCGGGUGCCGAUGACCGUGGUGCCAACCCCAUAGAUGGCAGUGGCGGGGCGGCCAGAGGGGGGGCAGGGCAGGCGGGCAGCGGCGGGGGCAGCCCCAGUCCCCGGCGAGGCACGGCCAGCAAAAAGCUGAGUGACGUGGUGCGCAACCUGCAGCGCAAGGCGGAGGGCCCCGGCACGCCCCCCGCCCCAGACAGACCCACCUUCCUGCGGGACUUUUCCUCCUGGACCGAUGACAAGCAGAGACACCACACCACUGCCACAUCCACCACCACCACCACGGCCAUCACCACUGCUGCUGCCGCCGUCACGCAGGAACCGGAAAGCGACGGGCCGGUGAGGGGCAAGGCAGGGCGGGGCAGGGCGCGGCAGGAGGGGCGGGGGCAGGAGGAGGAGCCCCCCACACGCAGGAGAAGCGGGCGGGCCACCACUCUGGCCUCCACCCGUGCCACAGAGUCCGACCUGCAGGAGAUCGAGGAGCUGAGGCGAAGCAGGCGGGCCAAGAGGGCAGCCGUCGCCCUGGCCAAGGAGGAGGGCUGGAGCUCAUCCUCAGAGGCUCCCCUUAGCCCACAGAUGUCCCCAGACACCCUCAGGGGAUGGCCGCCCCCUAGGCUCACCAGCCCGACGCCCUCCCAGAGUUCCGAGGGCACCACCUCCUCCACACCCUCACAGCGAAGCAACCGUCUGUCCUCACGCAGCCGAAGACAGUCGCCGGCCAGCACUUUUGACUUCAGCAUGAGCGCCAGCCGCAGCUCAGCCCCCAGCACCCCAGCCAGCCAGAGCAGCUUGGGGACAGGAGGGGCAAGUGGCAGCCUGGCGGACAAGAGCCUGGCGGACCCCAACGCUGGCUACACUUGUGACAACUCUCUCCUCACCAGAGCUCCCUCCUUCUUCCCAUCCGAGGAGGAGUUUACCGAUCCUCUUGACUACAUAGAGAAGAUCAGACCUGAGGCGGAGCAGUUCGGCCUGUGUCGCAUUGUGCCGCCCAGUAAUUUCAAGCCUGAGUGCCGCGUGAAUGACGACAUGCGGUUCACCGGCAACAACCAGUACAUUCAGAAGAUGAUGCACCGGUGGGGGCCAAACGUGCGCACCCUGAGGGCCAUCCGCCGUUGCCUGGCCAAGCAGAACAUUGAGCUGACGACCAACCCUCUGAUUGGGUGCAUGGAGCUGGACCUGGUGCGGCUGUAUGAGGUGGUGGAGCAGCACGGCGGCCUCAUGUCUGUCAUAGAAAACGAGCUGUGGGGGAAGGUUGCCGAUGCGUGCAGGAUUCCCCGGUCAGCACAGGAGAGAAUAACCAAACUUGACUCCAUCUACUGCAAAUACCUCCUUCCUUAUGCCACGCUGUCCACCAAGGAGCGAGAGGAACUGCUGGCGGAGGUGGAUGCGAUUCAUGCGCGCAACAUGGGGGAGAGUGGAGCCAAGAAGCCCUCCUCCACUGCCUCCUCUGAUAAUGAGGAGGAGGAGGAGGAAGAGAGCCUGGACUGCAUUGUCAAGGGCAAGAGCACCGCACUCAGCACAUUCUACCGCAUAGCCCGCAACACCGCAAGUCAGUGGCAGCCGGACCCAGCAGGCCUCGAGGUGGACGAGAGGUACUGGUCACUCGUCUCAAACGGCAGCCAUCAUGUUUGUGUUCUCUCGGCAAGCAUUGACACCUCAGAGCACGGCUAUGGGUUCCCCAGUCACCGGUCCUCCCCCCUCGCCAAGCACCCCUGGAACCUCAAGAACCUCUGCCAGAACCCCAAUUCAAUUCUCAAGAGUAUGGGCACAAUUGUUGGGGUGACGGCGCCCACACUACACGUUGGCAUGCUGUUCUCCACUGUGUGCUGGUACAAGGACCCCCACAGCCUGCCCUGGAUUGAGUACCUCCACACCGGGGCCUCCAAGAUAUGGUACGGUGUUGCUGCCAGCCAGGAGGGAAAGCUGUGUGCGGCACUCAAGAAGAUGGUGCCAGAUUUUGUGAAGGACUCUGCUAUCUGGCUCCCCUCUGACACUGCCAUGGUUCCCCCGAGUGAGCUGGUGCGCGAAGGAGUGCGGGUGUGCCGAGUGGUGCAAGACCCUGGGCAGUUUGUCGUGGUGUUCCCCGGGGCCUUCACCUCCAGCGUUUGCAAGGGUUACCUCAUAUCCGAGAGUGCCUUCUUCGCGCGGCCACAGUACUUUGACCGCGCUGUGGCUACUUUCAAGGCGCUGCGGGAUUGCUGCGAGCCAUCCAUGUUCUCACUGGAGCGGCUUGUGCUGUCUGUGGUCACCGACCCACGUAGCACCCUGGAUGGCCUGCUGCGUGCCCGAGAACUGGUACUUCAGGUGGUGCAGCGCGAGAAGGACCUAAGGGCUCGGCUGGCACAGAUUGGUUUGGAGGCAAGCGAGCGUCUUUCCACACCCGACUCCCACCGCAAGAAGAAGAGCCGUUUCAUUGAGGACGAGGAGGAGAACAUGUGUGAAAUGUGUCGUCAGAACCUCUAUGUUGCCCUGGUGACGAACUCGCAGGAGGAGGCAGUAUAUUGCUUGGAACAUGCCCUUACCUUCCUGAACAAGAACCCAGACCAUUUAGAAUACUGCAAACUGAUGUACACUUACAGCCUGUCUGAGCUGGAUGGGGCGGUGAAGCAGAUGGAGGAGCGCAUACAGCUGAAGAGUGGUAAGAAGACUUCACCCAUUGGCAAGAAGGGCAGGCAGAGAGAGCACCUGGACUCCUUUAGUAGCACCAGUAGCUCCAAUCUGUGAGGCAAGGGCCUCAGAACAGGUGAGAGGGAACACCUGAGUGGACACUAAAGGUAACACACACACACACACACACACACACACACACACACACACACACACACACACACACACACACACACACACACACACACACACACACACACACACACACACACACACACACACACACACACACACACACACACAGACCACAUGCAUAACUUAAGUGUGUGUGUGUGUGUCUGUGUGUGUGUGAGGAAAAGACUAUGAAUUGUAUAUAGUGAUGCAUUGAAGGCACAAGUGUAUAGAAGAGAGGAAAAGUUUUAGUAUUAUAAGGUGAACCAGAAAGGAAGGAAGGAAAGUUUAAGAAAUAGAAUGUUCAUUGUGAGGGAAAGUUUGAAUAAGGAAUAGAGACUUAAUGUUAUUUUUCUUGGUGGGUGAAAGAAGAGAGGAAACAGUGGAAAGAGUUUGGUGCACUCUUGUUGUUGUCUGUGAAAGAAUGAAAAGAAGAGUGGAAAGAAGGGAACAGGAGGAAAAGAAAGUUUUGUUGUGUUUUCUGAUGAGAGAGAAAUAAUGGCAGCAAAAUGCAAUAGGUGUGUUUAGUGAUGAAUAGAAAAGAUAAAGAGGAAGAAAAAAUAUGGAUGUAUUUUUCUGAUAAAACAAAAGAAUGCAAUGAAGAUAUUUUUCUUAAGAAUGAAAUGGUGAAAAGAAAAAAAAACAAGGAUACAGUAAAUGAGAAGAAAGACAAUGAUAGACAAAGAAAAGAACAAAACAUUCAAAGAGAAAAAAUUGUGAUAAAGAAAGUGCAAUGAAUAAAAACAAAUAAUAAUGGUAUUUUGAACUCGGUGUCUACAAACAAACAAACAAACAUUGGUGUUAAUGCAUAGCCAUAAUAAUUAUAAUAAUAAUAAUAAUAAUAAUAAUAACUAAGUAAUAAAUAAUAAUAAUGUGACAUACGAAUGUAGUAGAGAACAAUUAACUAUUUUUUUAAUUUAUAUGUUUGUCUUCCAUAGAUAUGUUUACGUUUUCUGGAGAGAGAGAGAGAGAGAGAGAGAGAGAGAGAGAGAGAGAGAGAGAGAGAGAGAGAGAGAGAGAGAUGGGGGGCAGGGCUUUAGAGUGUGUGUGUAUGUGUGCAUGAGUCUUUAAAGAACAAGAAAAAUUGUCAGAGAGAGAGAGAGAGAGAGAGAGAGAGAGAGAUGAAUAAUAAGGUAAAAGAAGAGUUGUAAGAUGUAAUAACUAUCUAAAUAAUGAAGACUCUGAACCUUGUGUCCCAGUGACUUAAGACAUAUUUUCAGGUGUAUUUGUAUGUAUUUGUGACCCCUUUCCAAACACACACACACACACACACACACACACACACACACACACACACACACACACACACACACACACGUGAAUAUGUAUGAAAAUAUGCAAGGGAGAAAUUAAUAGGUUUUUCUUUUGUGUGAAUAUAUUUUCUAUGAGAGAGAGAGAGAGAGAGAGAGAGAGAGAGAGAAUAAUGUUCUUCCUAGAUUCUUUUUUGUAUAUAGUUUUUUUUAUUUUUUUUACCUGUAUAAGGAAGGUGAUUAUAAGCUUGUAUGUUUUAUUUUUCUUUUUCUUCUUUCUUUCCUUUAUUUUGCUUCCUUCCUCCUCUCUUCUUUUUGUUCUAUUUAUAUUCCUUCUUUUCUUUUUCCUUUUUUUCCUCAUACUGUUCUCAUCUCCUUUUCAUAAUUCUCUUUUUUGUUUUGCUCUUUCCUAUUCUUUCAUUUUUUCUUUCUCUUGUUUUCUUUCCUUUUUCAUGCUGUUUCAUUUCUUUUCCAUAUUUUUUGCCCUUCCUUCCUUCCUUCCUUCCUUCCUUCCUUCCUUCCUUCCUUCCUUCCUUCCUUCCUUCCUUCCUUCCUUCCUUCCUUCCUUCCUUCCUUCCAGCCAAACA